AUGCAAUUUCAUUGGAUCGCUCCAUUGGCUCUGAUUCCAUUUGUUAUGCGACAAAAACCCAUCGGUUUCAUCGUUGCUACUCUGAUGACACUUCUUGGGAUCGCAUCAGUGUUGGCCAUCCUUCUUCAUUAUCCCGAUAUGUCAUUGAAUACGAUUGAAGCCUUUAUACCACAACCCGGUCCAACAUUUUUCAAAUAUAUUUACAUUAAACCCUGGUGUCGCAUUUCGGCCUAUGCUGUUGGCAUCGUCGUCGGCUUUCUGGCAUCUGCUUACGAUUCAACAAAUGUUGCAUCCCCUUUACGAUAA